AAGUAUACUCUUAAACAAGUUGAGAAACUCUUCAACAUAAUACUCGAAGAAGGAUUCACGACAAAAAGUGUAGCUUUAGCCACUGGGAUUAAUGUACGCACUACCCAGAAUUAUGUUAAAAACUUAUAACAAUGAUCCUGAGGGACGACUUUCAGGAUCUUAUUCUUAACCUUAUGAAAGAUCUCGUACUAAGUUGACUGAGGAUCAUUCUAAAUUUCUAGUUGGCUAUAUCGAAAAGAAUACUACUGCUAUAUUAGACGUGUUGAAGUUAAAACUUUGUAGGAAAUUCGAGGGUUUGGAAUUUUCUUUUUCUGCCAUUCACAAACAUUUAGUUCAUAAGCAUAACAUUACGUUAAUGAAACUUGAAAAAAUAUUAUGGAUUUUUCUAAAAAUUGUGCUUCUAUUGAUGAAGCAGGUUUCACUUUACAUACACGAAGAAACCAAGACCCUUCAUUAAAAGGCACACCUGCAAAGAGCACUGUACCAACUGGAAAAUGUGUUACAUUUACAAUUUUAGGUGCAAUUUCCCAAGCAUGUAUCAUAAAUGUUGGAGUUAAGACACCAGAACCAGCAUCUUCUAAAAAAAGGAGGGCUCGCAAGGCGUUUCGCAAAAAGUUGUCGCUCUUCUGUCUUUUCUUGUUUAUUCAUCUCCAUAUAUUUGAAGCCAUGAGCUCUAGAUUGAUUGUUUGCGAUGUGUGUAAAACAACAUUUUCUGAAUUAUCCAAACUAGGGCUGCACAACUAUCGAUCGCAUUCAACAGAAGUGAACGUUUUAGUACAGACUAGAUGCGCCAGCGAGACCGAACAAUAGUUCUUCGAUGAUUUUAUUUUUGUUUAGAAAUUGGAUGGUCUUUUAUAUGAAUGCAAGGUAGAACUGAGCUUAUAGUGGAAUUAAGAAAGUAUUAGUGACAGCCGAAUAAUAUUGUUCCUGUUAAUGAAUUGUACAUGCCACUGCGAGAUAUCCAGAUCACCGGUAAGGGUGAAGUGUGCCUGGAAUCUUAUUUGUUCCAGUACACC